AUGGCAUGUGUCAGCGGGUCUGGUGUGUGGUGGGACAGAAGAGGAGGUAGCAUGCUGCUGUUCUUUUGGAUUUUCACAGCAGUCCGCCCAUCCCUCCUCCAGCCUCCUUUCCCUCUCUCCCUGCCAGUCCACAUGUCAGUUAUCCCUCAUCCUUGGCAGUUCCUCCCUCUGUCCCAGGCAGAGCUUGGCCCUCUUUUCUCCAACUCCAGCCCCUUCUCUUUCUCAAAGAGCCUCUUCAUGUUGUCCCCACCCAGCUGGGGCCCCAGACCGGGCCUCCAAGCUUCAUUUGGCCCUUACUCAGUGACACAGCUCAUAUCAGAGGCUGUCCUCCCUCUCUCCCCCCCUUUGUCUGCCUCCCUCCUCUCAGAGCAUGUAGAGAGAGGGAGGGAUGAGGCAGGGCAGGAAAGGUUCCUGGUGAGGACACUGUUCCACAAGUGGGGUGACACAAGCACCCGAAGGACCUGUGUUACCCUGCAUGCCUUUAAGGAUACAGAGGAGCACAAGGCCUCCUGUGUAACACAGCCUCCUCUAGGGCUAUGUGUAGCUACUCUCACGCUGCCCAGUGACUGGUUUGAGGAUCAGAACCCAAAUCGAUCACAUCCGGAUUUGCACAAGUGGCAAAGUAACGUCCACCCUCAUAAUCGCAUCCACAGGCGGGAACGGCAGCGGAGUGGACAUCAUCACAGCAACCCCGUCAACCGUCAGCGUGUGUCUUCUCCUUCACUGAGGUACCAUCCAGGUGUUGAUGGGGACACCCACGCAGAUGUUCCACAGGCCCUCAGAUACCCAAGGGGCCCUACGAGAAGCCAAAUACAGCUCUACUACUCCACUUUUGACACGGUGGCCAACCUGAAGCUGACACCACCAGGAUGUGUGGAGGACCGAGAGGCUCAGUCCCAGAGGCAGCUUCUUUAUAUCAAAGCAGUGGCACUGAGGGAGGAGGAGAGGGAGAAGAAUACAGGGCAGAGGAGGACCAAAGAAAAAGAAGCCUGCUUGAACAGGCAGGAUGGGGAGGAGCUUAGCUUGGACUCCCAUGUCGUGAUUCGCUACCACAGGGGACCAGUCCUGAUAGGACAGCCAAUCAGGAUGUCUGUGAAUCUAAGAUCCAACUUCAGCGCCGAGUUUGUUGUCAUAAGGCUGAAGGUGAAGAAGGGCUUGGUGUCGAUGGUGGCUCAGAGAACCCUGACCUCUGACCUGUGGGCAGUGACCUUGGAGAAAAGUCAAGGAUCCAAACAUGAUGUGUUGUCCAUCCUCUGCCACAAACACAGUACCCUCAAGCACUCGCACAAUUCCACCCUUCUUCUGCAGGUAGUUUGUCUGUCAGUAGACGGUUUGAAGCGAAGCUUCGGUGUUGCCAUGACAGUGUCAGCUAACUGGUGGGUUGAGUACUCUGGGCGCAGUAACCCACCAUUGCCACGAGAGGGGACAGUUAGCGCCUUCUCAUUCGCUGACAGACACAUUGUUGGGAUUGCUCCCAUAACAGAGAGUAACAAGAUCAUCAACACCGCCAUACUGACAAACCAGCGAGUAUCUCUUCCUGUCAUUGUGCUGGCCAUAAGCCAUGAUGGGAAGCUGUCAGAUGUCACCGCUGCAGUCACAUGUCACUCUACCAACGAGAACACUCUCAAGGUGUCCAGUGAUUGCUCCACCCUCUUUGUGGAUGGCAGCGAAUCAGGUUUGGGCAACACGUGUGCAGUGGUGGAGUUUCUACUGGGCGCGCUCAGCGGCUCUGUGUGUCUGGAGGUCUGGGCUCCGUCUGUGCCCCUGAGAGUUUCCUUGUCAGACCCCAUUCUGAACGCCAUUAGUGGCUGGAACCACUUCACAGAGAAUGGGUGUGUGCCGGUGUAUCAGCGCUCCACGGUUCAGGUUCUGGCUCAGUUCACAGCUCAGGACUCCCGCAGUAGAACGGUACACCUCCUAAACUCGUCUGAUUGGUUCGUGGAUGUGACAGAGCUGGUCCGUGAGUGGCUGAGAGUGGAGGACCCUGGAGUGGCUUCCCUCAGCACCCAGAACAACCUGAUUGGUUUACGGCCAGGAAAGACUUCACUCUAUGUUGUCUCGGAGCAGUGGGAUGGCGUGCUGGGCAGAUGUGACAUCACUGUGACCUCCGAGCCUGUUACCCCUGCAGACCUGUCAGUACAAGUGGUCAAUGGCCUCGGCAUGUCAGUCAUGGGCGGCCCCACACACCCCUCCAUUGUCACAACAACAGUGACGGCCUACAAUAUCCUGUACAACCACCACCAGGAGGCUUCCAUCAGCGUUUGGCUUCAGUUUAGCGAUGACGCCGCCUCCCUCCUCUCCUCCUUCAGUGACCUUCCCCAUUUCCUGCGUCUCUCCUCAUUGGCUGAGACUGUGGUUGUGGUGACACCGGGCCCCAACCAACGCAUCUUUGCCCAGGGCGAUGGAGGUGGGCCGUUACUGCUAGCAGAACUUCUGGUUUCAACCUGCACUGACCAGCCAGUCACCUCCAACUUGAUAAUCGAAGGCAACACGGAUUGGACAGACAUAGGGGGAGGAGGCAGGAUGACGAGGCUAGCAAGGGGAUCUGGUUGGAUAAGAGUUAACCUAGACCUGGGCUUCCUGCAGCCAGCAGGGGACAAGGGGGAGGAGGGGGAGGAGUUUGAGUUUGAUAUAUCAGACAUGCUGGUUGAGUCAGACAGCAAUGUCUAUACAUCAAACUUUGAUGAAGACAACAGUGGGAAUGUGAGCAACGACUACUAUGACAAGAUAAGCGGGGGAGUGACUAAUAGAAAUUGGAACAAGGAGGGGAACAGAGGGAUGGUCAGUCGCAACAAUCUGGAAAGAGCUGUUCUGAUGCCAAGCCAGAAGGAGGGCUCUGUGUACUUCUCUCCAAGCCAUGAGAUAGAGGGAGAGAGGGACGAGGAGGGUGGGCAAGGAACUCGAGAGCUGGAAGUUGGUGUCGGUGCCGUCCUCUCUCUGCUCUGUCUCUCUGCCGUCCUCUUCUUGGCAAACUGUCUGCCCUGUGCCCUGCGAGACAGGAGGAGGGCAACGGCUGAGGAGAGGGUGGAAGGGGAACUAGAGGGUGGCACAAAGGAAAAAGAGGAGGAGGAGACGAUGAAUGAAGAGGCAGAGGACAUUGACACAGAUGAGAGGAAGAGGACAGAGGGUGAAGACGAGAUAAAGCAGAAGCAGCAGCAGGAAGAGGAGGACCAGGACAAUAGAGAGGACAUUAAAGAAGUGGAGAUUAUUUGCUGA